AUGAUGAGUGUAAAAAUUAUUCGAAAUCUUCGUUUAGUCAUUGCAUUAGUUACUCUAGGUGCCACUUAUUUCUUAGUUUCUUCUUUUUAUUCAUCAUCAAAAGAAGUGUCAACAACAACGACAACCACUACCACCAUCCCAAUUCUUUCAAACAAGACAGUCCCAUCAUUGGUUUCAUCAAAACCAAAGGAGAAAAAUACCAUUCGUGUUGCUGUUGUUGUUUCAUUAGCGAAACAAACAUCACACAUCGCUGAAUUUCAUUUACUUUAUGAUUCAUGGCGUUUCCUUGAACAUUUCUCACCAUUAUCUCAACAAGUCAAAGUCGAUCUGAUCGUUUUCUGUGAACAGCCGAGUUGUUCGCAAUUACCUUCGUUCUGUUUACCACUUUCCUUCAACAACAAGUUACAACCAAAUCCAUCGUGUUUUUACGAAGAACUAUCGGUGAAAAUCGUUGAAGAAUGGAACGAUUACCUUUAUAUGACUUCAAUUGCUUUCCUAUUAACGCCACAAUAUCGAUCAACCAUCCUUAAAUAUGAUUGGAUCUUACGCGUCGAUCAAGAUGCAAUUAUAAGUCCAGCUCUUCUCUUCGGCUUGUUAGAUAAACAUCCAGUGAAAUUGUACGAUAUGCAAUUUGGUUCGACGGGCCAUGGUACUGAAUUCACAUAUAAACGCAUUAGAGAUAUCGCAAAAAAACUAGGUUAUAAACAUAUGGGUAUACAUAAUUUAUGUUCAACGUGGUUAGUUCAUCCCAAUGAUUCGAUUCAAAUUGCAAAUCUAACUACCCUCAUCGGACGACAUUUUCUUAAGAAUGAAUACGGACCACAUGUUUCAGGUAUUGAAAAUUUACCUGCGAUCGGCGAAUGGCCAAAAUGGUGGCGUGGUGUGACAUCUUUAUAUGCUGCUAGUAUCGCUAUCAAUCAUAUUUAUUCGUCAACGAUUGCUGCGCAUCAUCAAUCACCCGCAAUCGAUCAUCCAUCGUUUUCAACUAGUUCAAUAUGGCAUGCCUGGCAUAUUCAUUCUUUGCAUAAUUCUGAACCGUUUGCAAAGUUUCAACAUCGUGAUCACUUGCAAGAAUUUAUAAAGGAGGAUCCAACGAAACGAAUUAUUCGAAUGUCCAAUACAACCUAUACGCAAGAAGUUUUAAACGCAGUCAUAAAAGAAUUUCAUGAAAUUUAUUAUAAUAAUGGCAAAUUUAAUGGCAUCAUAUCUGUUCGAACUUAUGUAACUGCUUUAGCGUGGCAAAAAGCACAUGCAGCUACAGGUGCGAUUAAUUUAAAUUGA